AGCUUAAACAAGGUUGCACCGCACAUACGCUGACUUCUCAAAAUCCCUACAAGUUUUCAAAAUAUUCAACUUUAGAAUAUAAUAAAUAAAUUCUCUUAAAAUAGUCUCUGCCAGUUUCAAUUAUCUGCAUAAAAAACUCAACUUUCCUGUUCAUGCCUCAGCUUGUUAUCUAACUCAAGAAGAUUUGAAGGAACUGAUUCAGUUUAGAUAUGUUAUGUCACUACUGUUGUUAACCAAAAAAUGGGCACACGCACACCUUUGUUCCGUGAUUUUAAAAAUCAAGCUUCUUUCUUCCUCAAGGAAAAAUUCAAGACUGCUAGGUUAGCUCUCACUGAUGUUACUCCAGCAGAACUCUUUUGUGGUCCUAUACUAUUUGUAGCAUGACAGAAGAAGUUACCAAAGGAAAUCCAUGGGCCCCAGAUUCUCCAACACUCAGAUCAAUUUCAAGGGCUGCUUUUGAGCUUGAUGAUUAUUGGAGGAUUGUAGAGAUUCUGCACAAAAGACUCCUUAAAUUUGAGAAGAAGAAUUGGAGGGCAUCUUACAAUUCUCUGAUUGUGGUGGAGCAUCUGUUGAUUCAUGGACCAGAAAGUGUUGCAGAGGAAUUUCAGAGUGACAAAGAUGUAAUUAAUCAGAUGAAAGAUUUCCACUUUACUGAUGCGAGUGGGUUCAAUUGGGGUGUAACUGUUGGAAAAAAAUCAGACCGGAUUUUGAAACUCAUGGAAGAAGGAACUCUCCUUAAGGAAGAAAGAAACCGUGCUCGGAAGUUGUCCAGAGGAAUUCAAGGUUUUGGAAGUUUCAGUCAAAGGUCAACUCAAGCACAAGGAGUUCUGCAUGAAAAAUCAUUGCCAGACACAUUUGACAGAUCUAACUCUGACUUCAACAACAAUCACAGCCAGGAAAACCAGUCAUUUGGCUCAAACCAUUUUCUGGACACAGCAGCAGUUAAAUCUCGUACUCCUAGUCAUGAGGGAGGAGUUUUCAAGUCUCAAGAUGAUUGUGUAGAGCCAGAGAGCUACUUGGAUGAUCAUGGAAACGCUCAAAUGCAUCAGAAAUCUGAUACAAGCUCUAAAGAAAUGAUGACAACUAGCAAGGAGGAAUUCCAUCUAUGGAACUUGAAAGGGGAAUCCAAUCCACUUUUAGAUGGUAACCAAGAGAAUGAUUCCAGACUUGGUAUAUUUACAGCCGAAGAUGAUCACCCCUUUAACUCCAAAGAAAUGCAUUCAACUUCUUCCCUUCUUCAUUCUGGAUGAAGUUAAAUAUUAGAAUGAAGGUAACAAGUUUUCCACCAGAAGAAAAGGCAAAAUGUUUGUAGAUUUGGAACUAGAAGAAGGCAUAUUGGAAUGAUGAACGAGUAUAAAUAAAGCAGAGACCUGUUUGCUGCAGAUUCUGGUCUAGAGCUGUCACAUACGCGCGACAAAACAUAUCCUAUCUCUUUAGGUUUUACCUGGCCUAGCUAGCCAUGGCUUAUUUUAAUGGCAGCUUAUUCAUCACUGUGAGCCAUAGAUUUAUAUGUUACAAACAUAAAGAUCCAAACAAUUUUCUCAUAUUUCUGGUACGUGUUACCAGAUUAGAAGCAAGCAAGUCUAAGGGUAGGUGACAUGAUUUUUAUAACGGGUGUGUAGUGAGGGCACAACCACGAAACAACUAACUUUAAAUUU